GGGCGAUGGCGGCGCCCGUGGGGCUGCUGCUGCUGCUCGGGCUGGCGGCGCGCGGGCCCGCGCCGGCUGCCGCCUUGAAGAUGAAGGUGGUGGAGGAGCCCAACACGUUCGGGCUCAACAACCCGUUCCUGCCCCAGACCAGCCGCCUGCAGCCCAAGCGGGAGCCCUCGCCCGUGUCCGGGCCCAGGCACUUCUCCCAGCUCUCCGGCAAGUGCUUCAGCCUGGUGGAGUCCACGUACAAGUACGAGCUCUGCCCGUUCCACAACGUGACGCAGCAUGAACAGACCUUCCGCUGGAACGCCUACAGCGGGGUCCUCGGCGUGUGGCAUGAGUGGGAGAUCGUCAACAACACCUUCGUGGGCAUGUGGAUGCGGGAUGGAGACUCCUGCCGUGGCCGCAGCCGGCAGAGCAAGGUGGAGCUUACCUGCGGGAAAAGCCAUCGGCUGGCCCACGUGUCCGAGCCCAGCACCUGCAUGUACGCACUGACCUUUGAGACGCCCCUGGCCUGCCACCCGCACGCCCUGCUAGUGUACCCAGCCCUGCCUGAGGCCUUGCAGCGGCGCUGGGACAAGGUGGAACAGGACCUGGCUGAUGGCCUCAUCACACCCCAGGGCCGUGAGAAGCUGUUGAGGGUGAUAUUUGAGGAUGCUGGGUACCUGGGCACUCCGGGGAGUGAGGAGCCCAGGCAGCAGGAAGGACGCCCCCAGGGCCUGGCGCUGGAGACCCUGGAGCAGUGCAGGAUGGCCCACACAGAACUGACCUCAGAGGUGGCGCGGCUCAGCAGCCUGCUCAGCCGCCACGGCAUCCCGCACGCGCAGCCCACUGGCCUGCCCGCAACACAGGGGGACGGCGCGUGAGUGGGCAGCAGGGGG